AUGUUUUGUUUAAAUUAUUUACAAUGUUAUCUUUUAACUUUUGAUUUAUCGAGUCAUCGAUGUGAAAUAUUUUCAAAUAUAUCAAUAGAAUAUGGAAAUUUAAUUCAACAACAAGAUGUUAUAACAAUGAUUACUCUUGAUAAUGAACAAUUAUUUAAUUCUAUGUCACAUAAAAUAGCAGAAGCAUCAAACAUAAAAUCUAUUAUGGCAAACAGAAUUACUCCAACUAUUGCAAAUACUGGUGGUACAAUUACUACAGCUAGAGAAACAACAACUUCAAGUAGUACUACUGCAACUACUAUAACUAGUAAAAUUAAUACCGCAAUUCAUGUUAGUUCAAGCAUUAAAAGUAAUGAUGCUACUAUAGCAAUUACUACAACUAAUGAAACCAAUACUAGUUCAAAUAAAACAACUAAUAAAACUACUACUACUACUACUUCGACUACCACACGUAGUACUAUCUCGAUUACAACAACUACUAUUAAUUCAUGUGCAACAACUAGUGCUACCUCGACUACUUCGAGCAGCACUAGUUCAUGUACAACAGCUAGUGAAGCUACUACGUCAAGCGCGUCUUCAACAACAAAAAAUCCAUGUACAUCUGGUAAUUUACUUUGGAAUAAAACUGGUAUCACUAUACUUAGUUCAUCCUCACCAAUAAUAACAUCUGGUGUAUUUAUUGAUUUAAAUGAUAAAUUAUAUGCUGCGGAUGAGAACGCUAAUUAUAUUGUAUCGAAACUAUUAAGAAAAGUUCCAGGUACAAUGGUUGUAGCUGAAACCUUUGGAUCACCAAAAUUAAAUAAAAUUAUCGCAUACAAAAGUACAUUAAUGGAUCAAAAAAAUGCAACAUCUUUAGCUGGUGUAAAUGGAUCAGCUGGAUCUGCAUUAAAUCAAUUAAAUACUUCACGAUAUUUUACUUUUGAUUCAACGGAUACAUAUAUGUAUAUUGUUGAUUCUGGAAAUCAUCGAAUUUUACGUUAUUUAACAAAUUCAACUUCAGGUACUAAUGGAACUCUGGUAGCCGGUGGAACUGGGACUAGCAAUGCAAAUACAUCAUUGAACUCUCCAUGGGGUAUUCAUUAUUUACCAUCUAUAAGUAAUGAUCUAUUUAUAACAAAUACUAAUGGACAUUCAGUUAUACGUUGGACUCCAGGUGCUUCAUCAGGUGUAUUCGUUGCUGGUAAACCGGGUGUAUCAGGUUCAAAUUCAACUCUUUUAAAUUAUCCAACUGGAAUUAAACUUGAUAAUUAUAUGAAUAUUUAUGUUGCUGAUACUCAAAAUAAUAGAAUUCAGUUAUUUUGUGCUAAUAGUAAUAUUGGCGCAACUAUUGCUGGAAAUGGUUCUGCAGGUAGUGAUGCAAUCCAAUUAGAUGGUCCACGUGGUAUUGCAUUUGAUUCAGCAAUGAAUAUGUAUAUUGGUGAUGUAGGAAAUCUGCGAGUUCAAAAAUUUAUGAAACUUUAA